AUGAGGAGUGAGGCACAUCUGCCCUGCAGCCUGUGCGUAUUGCUUGGCCAGAAGGCACAGUGCGCCCACCCAGAGGAGCCUCCAGGACCAGGAUUAAAGAGGCUGUUGUUGGCACAUUGUAAGGAGUUUGGAUGGCAGAACAAGUAACCUGGUCUUACUCCACACAUUCCACUUGGAGUUAACCUUGCUAUGUGGCCAGAUCCCUUACCCAGGGAAGUGUUGCUUCUGAGCAGCCCCAAGCCUUGUGAUCCCACCUCACUAUCCAGCCCUGUGUGUCCUGCUCAGCUGUUUAUUCUGCCCCCCUCUCUGAUCUCCCUGGACCAGCUGCUGUCACAGGAGCCCUGAUGUCUUCAUUCGACUCCCCACAGUUGUUGGUGUGUUCUUCUCGGAUUCCUAGGGAGGAUCUUAGCAUCAAGAGCCACACUGAGAAGCAGAGAAGCUGCUGCUGCUGCUACUGAGAGGGAACGACAAGCAGCUGAUUUGCCCCUUGUGCCUCAGCCCCACCUGGACCUGGAGCCUCCCCAUCUCCCUGCUCAGCUCGGACUUCUUCUACAGCCACUUGGUUUUAGCACACCUGGACCUCUAAUAACAGCUCCAAUAUUUCCCGGAGAUCGUAUUCAUGUCCAUCUUAGGUCUAAAGAGGCCAGACAAACGGUCCCUUUCUUGGAAGCCUUUCUAAGAUGAAGUUAUGGGCUAUUCUGGCUGUCUGUAUUUUGCUGCUAAGCUCUGCAUCCAGCACCCCCUUGCCUUCCAGCUGGUUGGCUGGUAAGAAGAGAUCUCACCUUCCAGACCCUCAAGAAGGAGAGGACCAAGUUUUGGGGAUGGAUGGGGCAGUUCCUGAAGAUCCCACUGCCAAUAUGGCAAAACAGGAUCAACAAACUUACACUGAGAUACCCGAUGACUAUCCAGACCAGUUCGACGACGUACUGGAGUUUAUUCAAGACACCAUCAAAAGACUGAGAAGGUCGUCCAACAAGCAGCCUCCCUCCCGGCGAGACAGAGGAAGGCAAAGCCUCGCAGCAAAUACUCAGAUCUCCAGUAAAAAGACUGUUAAAGACCGAAAGCGGAAAAACAAAGGCUGCGUCCUCAGGGAGAUCCAUUUGAACGUGACGGACUUGGGUUUAGGCUACGAAACCAAGGAGGAGCUGAAAUUUCGGUACUGCAGUGGAUCCUGCAACAAUCCAGAGACAACGUACGACCAAAUUUUAAAAAACCUGACGAUAAAGAAAAAGUUGGUCAAUGACAAGGUGAAGCAGGCUUGUUGUAGGCCGAUCGCCUUCGAUGACGAUCUUUCGUUCUUGGAUGAUAAUCUAGUUUAUCACACCUUGAAACAACAUUCCGCUAAGAAAUGUGGAUGUAUUUGACUUGCUUGGAUGGCCACGUGGUAGUUUGAAUUGCAUUCCCAAUAUAAUGCAAAAAAAAUAAAUAAAUAACGAGUGGGAUCAAGCUCCUCACUGAGGGCUCCCAAGGAUGGAGACGAGACAAAGAGGACCAAGAAUCAUGGAGCAGCAAGUCUUCAUGGGAACCUAUUGAGGCAUUUGUCCGGCAGUGGGCCGUAGAUACAAGUACUGAGCCCUGUGUUAUUCUAAGGGAGGAAUCGAGCAGCUGAAUGUGUUCUGAGAUGAAUCUCUGGAUGGAUUGAGAUCUCCACCUCUAAGGUUCACCACCAGCGUUGACCGGAAAAGUCAAUCACCAGCUUUUAAACACAACCAUCUAUAUCAUGCAUGUCAGGUUUUCCUGUAUAUUUUUGUACAACAAACCAGUGUAUAAAAUGAUCCGUUAGAUCUAUAUUUGGGCUUGAAUUAAAAUACUUGCUAAUGCAGUACACAGUUACUUCAGUUCGCUAGUUUAGUCCAGCAUCAUUGCUAUUGGACAGAAUUAUUCUACCAAAAUAGCUUGUAGGGAGUGCACAGUCUACAGGUCACUGUAAACCAAGAUCUGAUUGUGAUCCAAUAGACAUGCUUGUUAUUGCAGAGAAGAAAGUCAAGCUAAUUUGAGUGGGACGCCGCCUGUUGUAAUUGUUUUGAAAUAUGGAGAGGCAAGGUCUCUAAUUAGUAAAUUGCAUAUCAAUUCUGGCCCUGUGAUUGGCUAAAAAGACCCCGGAAGGGGAAUGGUAUAGCAUAUUGCUUACCUCUAGUCAUAGAAGUGGAACUGGUCACCAAUUAGAAUCCAUUUCUAAAUCUGCUGGAAUAAAAGGCGUUUCCUGAGACCUUAGUUGGCGGUGAGCUGGCAGUUACCCACCCACAACUGAGCAGAUUUCUUUUUUUUUGUUUUUUUUUUCUUUGGUUUACAGAGGAAUAAUUUCUCUUCUUGACAUUACAUUAGUUUUUUGGUCUCCGGGGACCAAGCAGACUACUCGAUGCCAUGCAUCCAUUCAGAUACAUGAUUAUAUAAAGGAUAUUUAUUGAGAAUUAAGUUAUUGCUAUUUAUUACAGUCAGUUACGAAUGUUCUUUUCUUUUUUUUUUUCCUAUUUAUUAAACUUUCUCUUCCAUGGUGCCAAAGCAGAACAUGCUCUUGAAAUGCAGAUGAGAUAAAACGCAAAUAGAUGCUGGAGGCCAACUGAAAAAUCACAUUCUUUACCUUUUUGAAGGCUUGAGUUUGAAAUGCGGUUAGUUUGUAUGUCGGGCCCAGGAGCAAAAAGUAACCCUUGUUAAAUACAUACCCCACGUAUAGGUCAACAUUGUCUUCCUUUUACCUUCCCUUAGAGAAUGAGGCUUUGCUUAUUGUAUACACGGCUGGUUGUCCAUGUUCUGUCAGCCCAACAUACAUGGCCCAUUGUGGGAGCUAUACAUCCCAGCAGCUGGAGAGUUUAGAGCUUGACGUCCCCUUGUUUAGAGAGUUUCCAGGCAGUGCAAUGGAAAACGACUUGCCCAGACCUCGGCUACUGAUGGACAGCAGAUGCAAUUGAAGAUACAUUAGAGUCUGUGAAAGUCGAAAAACCUUUUCAAGUCUAUUUUGAACACUACAGAAAGCAGCCGUGUCCUGUGCUUUGGCUGCACGGUUCGUUAAGUUGCAGUAAUCUUUUACAUUAAGGGGGUCCUAAAAGUCUGUUUAUAAGUAGGGCUAAUCUUCCAUAUGAGGCCACAGGCAAACUACAAGAAUGGUUUGCCUUUAUUUUACUAUACGUUUUGCAUGAGUCCGUAUCUUUGUAAGCAGAUGCAGGACAGAAGGGGUUAUGUAGUAAUAGAGGACUGGGCCACAAUGUCCCCCUGACUCCUAGCAACCAAUCAGUAGUUGGCAUUUACUGAUCUAAUACCAUUAACAGACAGUAACUGAUUGGUUGUGGGUUAAUGGACCAGGGCAAAGCCUCGGUAGUUACAUAACCCCCUAGUAAUGUUCCCUCUCUCGUUUCUUUUUGGCUGCAUGCACAAAUAUGAUGCUUCAUUUGAUCUGGGUGUUUGCAGAUAGGCAAGUGGGUCUGAAAAAUUACGAAACAAUAUCUGUGCUGUUGUGUAGCUGUCCCCAAAACCCGUGUGUACAUCAUAUUCAGGAGAGCACAGUUUAAAGUGAUCUUUGCCCCUCUAGGAGUUUUGACAUUUAAGUUAACAUUUUCCUAAUUUUUCUGCAAACUCCCAAUUAUCCUUUAGUGCAGCCACAUUAUUGGUGCCAUCUUGUGUAUUCAGUGCCGGAUACGUGGCCUGCUUAGUGCUAUCAGAAGUAUCCUGGAACCAAAUCCAUGUGGAGGGAGUCUGCCCUAGUAACAGGCCUAUGGCACAUCCCUACACCCCUUGUCCGGCCCAGGCAGUCUAUACAUGUUAGCGCCACUAACCUAAUGGAAAGGGUUUCAUUUCAUUUACAAAACAAACCAUUCCUGUGGUUCCGUCCAACACCAAUUGCAUAUGUUGUUCAUUUUGCCACACCAAACCUUCAGGAAUAACACAACUUGGUGUUUUUGUUCUCUUUAAAUUUAGCUUCAAAAGACAUCUAUAAACCUCUCCCUUGCAAUACUUUUUCACUCGAGCCCACUGCUUGCCAGGCUAUAUUUUAAUAUUCUGUGCAAACCCACAUUCUAUUUCUAGAACAGAAUCCUUGAGAGUGACAGCCCUGAACGAUUGCAUUUAGAGAAGAAGCUGCCGAACCCUCUCUAAAAUAAACAUAGCAGGGAAAGCCAAGUCUAUGAUGGCUGGGUGGCAUUGCAAAGGGUCACAGGGCCCCAUCCAGUUUCACAUUUAAAUGACUAGCCUUGCACAUCGCACUUGUGAAAUAUGUACCGUGCCUUCCUAUAGGUUAUCUGCUAUGCCUGACACCCAUACAAUGGCUGAAUAGCAAUUUGUUUGUUGAUGCAGCGAUUGGUUGUGCCUUGUUAGGAGACAAGGAGAGGUUAAAUCAAAUUGUUUGGCUUUUUAACAUUAUUAGUAUAAUUUACGUUGUCCUUGUAUUUUGCCCAGAAAAAGAAAUAUAUCCAAAUAUGUCCCCUAUGAUGUACUAUGUCAUAAGCUGUCUUUAUCUUUGGAGGGGGGGAUAAGAAAGCAGCAACCAAACCCCCUAACCCAAUGCUGUUGCAUGUAGAAGGAAGAUAUGAAACUGUAUCUUUCCUGCAAAAGGGCUGAACUCUAGGACUGGGGUAGUUCACAAUAUCUAUAACUUUACUCUGAAUUACAAACCUAUUUCAACCAAUCAGAUUUUUGCUUUCAUUAGCCUUACUACAUUAAAGCUAACUGUUAAUUGGCUGCUAGUUACAAGUGCAGAGUAAACAUACUCCAGUUGUGAAGAGUUCAUAGUGAGGGACCUUCCGUGCCCAAUAUGGAGACACAACUGGAGUGAUAAUUCAAUAACAACUGGAGACCUGCAAAUUAAACUGCCCAUACAGGUAAAGAUCUGCUCAUUUGGCAAGGGCCAAGAACAGAUUAUACUGCAGGCCUUAUUUUUGGCCAGAUAUCAGUCGUGCAGGCUCCAUACACUUGUAUGGCCAGCUUUAGACUAACAUUUUUGGGGCCCCAACCUAAGGGACCACCACCACUAUGAACAGCCCUACAUAAAGUUUAUUUAGAAAGAGCAUAUUGCUGUGAGGUACACUGUUCUGUAUCAUUCUUUUCUAUAAAUUAUAGCAUUGUGGGUGUCUCUUUAAAAAUAUUGCACCCCUAGUUGAAGGGGUUUAUACGCACAACUCAGUCUCUGUAGCCUGGGAAUUUAGAUCUUUCGUUCAUUUAGAACAUUUGUGCUGAGAGCUUUGUUAGCGGCCCUUAAAGAGGUAAAGUUUGUGAUUGCUUCCUAACAGUUUUGGGGUAUCACUAUUUGCUGAUCUGAAAGUUUAAUUUCUUUUUUCACCUAUGAUUUGUGUCUCAAGUCAUUUGUGUUAUUCAACCAAAGUUCCUUACAAACUUUAUUUUUGUACAAUAUUCAUUUUAUAUCUUUUUACAAAAUAAAACUCAUUUCUAUCA